CGCCGAGCAUCAUCAUCCGGGUACGCGUCGCCCUGCUGUUUUUUCUCGGAACGGGUUGCCCUUUGAACAACAACAACCACAACAACAACGGUGCUCAAAAACCAGACGGCCCGUCUGCAGCCAAGGGACGACCCGCCCGCUUCGACGAUGUUAUAACUUCAGCGCUGCAGCAUUGAAAUCCUGGAGGAUGACCUGGACGCUCUACACUAGGAGGACGAGGGAUACCCAUCAGGCGGUCCAGGGAUGCCAUUCGACAAGUGAGCUUACACCAUAUCUGUCGUGUGUCCCGAGCCGCAUUUCCUGCUGUCCGAACCCCUCUUUCUAUCACCCUCCUUUUUCGUUUUGCGUCUUUUCGCCUCUCUUCUUUCCCUUUUCGCUUUGUCUCUGCUCUCUCUCUUUUUCCUCUCCUUUUUCGUUCUGUGUCUUCUCUCCUCUUUUUCUCUCGUCUUUGGUUCUGUGUCUUCUCUCCUCUCUUUCUCUCGUCUUUCGUUCUAUGUCUUUUCUCUCCUCUUUUUCUCUCCUCUUUUUCUCUCCUCUUUUUCUCUCCUCUUUUUCUCUCCUCUUUUUCUCUCCUUCUUCGUUCUGUAUCUUUACUCCUCUCUUCUGUCUUUCUCGUUCUGCGUCUCUUCUCCUCUCUUUCCUUUCUGCUUUCUUCCGUUCUCCGUCUUUUCUUUGCACGACCGCGUCUUCUACCUUUCCUCCUGCCGACGCUUUUUUGACUUCCUCUUGGUCCUCGCUCUUGGUCUCGUUCUCAGCGGGAGGCACUUUCGCCGGCAUGUGCUCAGUCGCGACACUCGCCAUACCCGUAUUUGCUAACCGAGUAUCGUGCGUUGCUCGACAGUGAUUUCCAGUCCGCUCGUUCUACUGAACUGCGACAACGCUUACGCUAUACCAGUAUGGCGAGCGAAACCGCUGCACCUUGAGGGAUGCCUGGCAAUGACCGUCAUCCACCUCGCAGGCCUGAGGUGUCAUCGUUCACCGCGCUGUUGAUCUCGACCACUGAUGGUGAAUCUAGGCCUAUAUGCGUGUCACUUGUCAGA